GGCUUCAGAUCACCUUCCGAGCGAGAGAAGUUAACAGAGCAACAGACUAACUUGAGCAAAGUUGACACAAGGCGUGUACUAGUGAGCUCACCUCGUGAGUUGACAACUUGAAAAAACUUCAAAUAUGAAACUCGCAGCCAUCUUGCUGCUGACACUUGCUGCGGUGAGUGAGGCCUCCCGUGUGCUCAUGGUGCUUUCCCUGGGAUCCCCGUCUCACAAGAACAUCUUCACUCCUCUGGCUGAGUCCCUGGGGCGGAGAGGACACCAAGUAACCGUGGCGUCGCUGCACGCUGCCCCGCCCAACGCCUCCCGCUCCUACACCGACCUUGCUGCCACCACCGCCUGGGAGUCAGUCAGGAAAGUGACGGGCGAGUUCGAUGUCUUCAAGAUGCGCGAGGUCAAUGGAGGCAAGGAUGUAAACUCUCAAGUAAUGAAGAAAGUCCUCCGCCAUCUGCCCAAGUACUGCGAAGCCUUUCUGCAAGACCCCGGCCUGAAGAGUGCCUGGACCACCCGCCCUGACCUCAUCCUUCUGCCAGCCUUCAUGAACGAGUGCGGCCUGGCAUUCGUGCACAAAUUCAAGGCGCCCUUCAUGUACGUGACCACCUCUGGCCUCACCCCGUGGACGGCAGACCUGCUGGGCAGCCCCGAGAACCCCGCCUACGUGCCCAACCAGUACCUGAGCUACGGGGACCACAUGACUCUGUGGGAGAGGACCGUCAACACGCUGGUCAGGCUGGCCAGCCCUUACCUCCGCAAACACUUGGUGCUGAACAAGCUGGACGGCGUGGUGCAGCGUGUGCUGGGCGACUCCACGGUGUCCCUCUCCGAACUGGAGAAGAACGUGUCGAUGGUGCUGGUCAAUUCCCACUACUCCCUUGGACAUCCCCGACCCCUCAUGCCCAACGUGGUGGAGGUGGGCGCCAUGCACUGCCGACCGGCACGCCCCCUCCAGGACAAGGCUCUGCGGGAGUUCAUCGACUCGUCGCCCGUGCCCGUGGUCCUCUUCAGCCUGGGCUCCACCAUCCGCAGCGAGCAGAUGCCGGUCACUGUGAGGGACUCGCUGGUGGCGGCGUUCAGGCGCCUUCCCUACCGCGUCGUGUGGAAAUGGGAGGGUGCUGCCCUGACGAACCUGCCGCCCAACGUGAUGACGCGCCCCUGGCUGUCCCAGCAGGAUGUCUUGGGCCACAAGAACGUGCGUGCCUUCGUCACACACGGCGGACUGCUGUCGCUGCAGGAGGCAGUGUACCACAACGUGCCCGUGGUGGGGAUGCCACUCAUGAGCGACCAGCACCUGAACGUGAGGCAAGCCGUGACGCUGGGCCUGGGUCGCCAGCUCACCGUGGAGUCUCUGUCUGAAGACGCCGUGUACGACGCCAUCACAUCGGUGGUGGAGGAGCCCGGCUUCCAGGAGCGCGUGGGGCAGCGGUCACGCCUGCUGCGGGACCAGGAGACGACCCCUCUGGAGCGCGCCGUGUACUGGAGCGAGCACGUGCUGCGCUAUGGCGGCGCUCAACAUCUGCGCUCAGUGGCUGCCGACAUGCCACUGCACCAGUACCUGCUGGUGGACGUGGCGGCCGUGCUGGUGGCGGCGGCAGUGGUGGUGGUGCUGCUGCUGUGGUGGGCAUUGCGGGCAGCGACUCGUUGUCUCGUUCGGGGACUCAAGAAGGCUGCAGGGAAGCUGCUGAUGGCCGUGAGGGUUCAUGCCAAGAUGCAGUAAACCUUUGCUGCUGAAGGAGGAGCAAUGGAUCUCACACUUCACUUCUCGCCUGCACUCAUAUGUCCUCGCCGGAGCCUUAGAGCAAUCACUUCAUUAGUCCAUCACUGUCCUCACCUUGCAUUGCACAUCGGUCACUUCACUCUCCUCGCCUUACAAAUGUACAUGAACUGCAUCACUCUCCUCGCCUCACAUCUGUACAUGAACCGCAUCACUGUCCUCACCUCAUCUGUACAUGAGACGCAUCACUGUCGUCGCCUUACAAAUGUACAAGGACCGCCCUCAGCCUCAUCGCCCACAUCAUGCCGACAUUCACCCUUUAUCAGCAUUCACUUCACUCAUGUAUUAAGUGUCUGUGAUAAGUUAUUAAAGUAUAGAUAUAUAUUUUUUUACAUGAUACAAUAAACUAUUUUCAGUGAUAUACAGUGUGUACAUGA